GAAAAGACCCGAACAUACCAAAACCUGCAUAUAUAUAUAUAUCAUUGAACAUGUUAUUGAAAACUGAGAUUUCAAUAUCCUAAAGAGCAUCUGGAAUAUUAUGUGUCAUUGCUGCACCUCCAAAAGGAAAUAGUAGAGUUAGAGACAGUUCGGAGGAUGAUCCAAUGUCAGAGUGAGUUCCCCAAGAGGAAAGGGUGCAACAUUUGGGGAGUUUUAGUCUAGCAAGGAGAUAAAUGUGGGGGGGGAGGGACAACGACGAGACAGAAGGAGAGCUACAAAGGUAUGCACGAUGUAGGUCAAGUAAACAAGGAUAGCAUAUUUUCACCCUCCCCAAAUACUACACUUAAGAGGUUACGGAAUGAACUAGAAUCCUGGAAGACUCAGGAGAGAGAAAAAUGAUCUAUAAAAUACAAGGUAUAAACUUUGGAACACCUCACUGACCAUUAACCUUGAUGGGCGACCGCAGCCGGCAGGUGAGGGCACAUUAGACCGGCAGCCCCAGCGGGACGGGAACCUCCUGGGCAGGCCGUUCCUCGUAGAGACGGGCGCCGCUUCACCCGGCCGUCUGAUGGGGGCGGCCGUCUACGGCGACGCCGAGACCUCCGACCAAGGGGUGGCGUUCGAGGGACGGCGCGGAACGCAGCAAGAACAGCCUCCUCCGGGAGGAAGCGGAAGCGGGUCCGGGGCGGGCAGGGGGGCGCGUGCAGGGCGCCCGGGCGCUUCGUGUCCUUCGGGUUCGGUGCUGAGGAUGGUAGGCGGGGGCGGCCGGGGGGGGGCGCGGGGGGGGGGCGAGGCGGCGGGCGAGAGGCAGCCGUUCUCCCGCGGCUCUCCUUCCGUGCAAUCCGCCUCGCUGGAGCUGCGGUCGCGGGAGGAGAAGGACGCCGAGCUGGACAAGCGCAUCGAGGCGCUGCGGCGCAAGAACCAAGCGCUCAUCCGGCGUUACCAGGAGAUCGAGGAGGACCGGCGCAAGGCCGAGCGGGAGGGCGUCGCCGUGACCGGAGCGCGGAAGGCCCGCUCGGCGGAGGCAGCCGGCCAACCCGAGAGGCGCCGAGUGGAGCCGGAGGCCGCCAAGCUCGCGGGAAGGGUCCCGCCGGCGCCCGAGGACCGGCGGCCGCUCGGGAGGAAGGCCGCCGCCGCCGCCAGGGGCGGGCGGGGAGAGCCGCAGCCCGGAGGCCGCCCCCCGCGAGCCGAGGCCGGCUGGGCAGGACCGGGCGCGGAUGGAGACGGCGGCGGGCCGCGGGGGCGAGGCGAGCGAGGCCGGCGACCGCGGGGCCGAGCGGACAUGGCUGGAGGCGAUCGGCGCUCCCAGGAGUGGGAGGAGAGGCGGCGGCGGAACAUCGAGCAGAUGAACGAGGAGAUGGAGAAGAUCGCGGAGUACGAGCGCGGGCAGCGGGACGGGCUGCAAGAGAAGAACCCAGUCCGAAACUUCCUGGACGACCCGCGGCGCAGUGGCGCCUUCUCCGAGGCCGGUCGGCAGGAGGGCAGCCGCCGCCAUGUCCGGAACUGGGGGGGGUCCGACUUUGAUAAGGUGAAGACGGGCCUGGAGCCAGACAAAGAGCCACCCUCGCUGGGCCGGGGCAGUGGCCGGCGCAGGGGCCCUAAAACGACCUUGGAUAUGACACUUUCUAUGACUGGCCGUGAACGGGCUGAGUACACUCGUUGGAAGCAGGAACGGGAGCAGAUUGACCGGGAUCGCUUAGCCCGGCACCGCCAGCCCACUGGGGAAUGGCGCCGAGAAUGGGAUGCUGAGAAGACAGAUCUCGGGCUGAAGGAAGGCAGCAAGCCUCGAGGCUCAUUGGUUGACAAGGAGGAGCACUCCAAGCAUCCUCCCAAACUGCCCACUUUUGGGGAGUUCACGGUUGGGCCACCUGGGGACCGGCACCGGAAGAUUCGAGGCCAUGGGCGCCGCCGAGGAAGUCCUCCCAAGUCCUACAGCAUGCACGACAACCGGUGGGAAAAGGAGGAAGCAGACCGGACGCUGCCUGCAUCUGCGGGGGAGGAUAAGGCGAAGGCUGCCUCUGUGCUGCAGACAGAGCCACAAAUAGCAGUGACAGAAGAGGAUGAGGAAGAGGAUGAGUGGGAGGAUGUCAGCGAGGAAGAGGAGGAAGAAGAAGCUGAAGCCAACAGCAGCCAGGAUUCUUCCUCGGAGGAAGAUGGGCCUCGUCCCUCCUGCUCCCCCCUGCCUCCGAGGAAGCCCAGACAACAGCCCACCCUUCGGUCUGCUUCACUUCGAGAGGCUGCUACCAUGGAGCGGACACCCAUGACCCCCCUGGGGCCAGCAGAGGGAUAUGAGCCUGUGUCUGACUGGGGGGAAGAGAUGGAGAUGUGCUCUCCCCGGGCCAGCCACAGCAGCCAAAGCCCCUUAGCUGUGCCCAGGGAGGACCUGCCUGCUGGCAUUGCUGGAAUAGGUCCCCUGGUACCACUGGCAGUGCAGGGAUCCCUUCCCAUGGACUCCCCAGCAGGAGGGGCAGCUUCUGCUGCAUCCAGAGCCCUGGAGGCAGAAAUAAAAAUGGAUGCAGAAAUGCCGGAGCCCAAAGAGGUGGCUUGCCAAGCGAGGUGGAAGAAGGGGGAGCACUUGGAGAUUGAGGCACCAGAGGCUGCACCCUGAUGGCCCUUUUCCAGGGCUGGUUGGAAUGCAACUGGCAGCCUGCCGAGAACUUGAGCCAGACCAUCAGAGCUGUGGGUACAGUUGUGACACGCACAUGCGUUCUGCAUGUUUGUGCCACUCUUGAACACUCUCCAGAGUUUGGACUAAGCCAGCCGUCUGCCCCCCAUCACCCGUUAGUGCUCUUAACACACAAAUCAUGGACAAGUGGGACCUGCAGCUCUGCUCCCAAACCUUCUGCAAUCUUCCUUGGAUGGGAAAAGUAGUGUCUUCUUUCCAGCCCAGUCCUUUGUGUAGGAGGAGUGACCUGGGCCCUGGGAGAGUGUGAGGCCCUUCCUGUCAUGGGCGUCUCCAUUAUUAUGUACGAAGUAAAUAAUUUCUUGACCAUAAA